AUGCCGGAUAUCGAUCCCACCAUAACCGGGUUCACCAUUCGUGAUCUCCGAUUUCCAACAUCUCUUGACGCGAUAGGGACUGAUCCCAUGAACAGUGCUGGCGAGAACGCCCUUGGUUAUCUACAAUAUCACACCGACGCGGGUCUCAUCGGGACCGGAAGCUCUUUCAGCAACGGACAAGGAAAUGAAAUACUCUGUGUAGCUAUUCAAGCUCUAGCUCCCAGAUUCGUUGGUCAGAAGUUGUCAACCCUAACGGAAGACUUCCGCUCCACCCAUCGUGCCCUCCUAUCUGGUCAGAUCCGGUUCAUGUCACCCGAAAGAGGUGUGCUCCAAUUAGCCUGCAAUGCUGUUCUCAACGCACUCUGGGAUCUGUGGGCGAAAGCUGAAGGCAAGCCACUAUGGAAGCUGGUCUGCGAUAUGACACCAGAGCAGUUCGUCUCGGUCAUUGAUUUCCGAUAUUUGACCGACGUCAUCACUCCGGACGAAGCUCUUCGUAUGUUACAGGAGAAGCAAGCUACGAAGCAAGGAAGGAUGGAAGAAGCAUCGAGAAAUGAGGCGGUCCCGGGUUACAGUACAUCAAUUGGAUGGCUUGGUUUCUCGGAUGAGGAAGUAGCAUCUCGUCUUCGAGCUGCACUUGAUCAGGGAUUCAAACAUUUCAAGCUCAAAGUCGGAGUGGAUCUAGAAGGUGACUUGAAGAGAUUGAGUCUUGUUCGAAAGAUCGCUGGUGAUGACGCAGUGAUAAUGACUGACGUCAAUCAACUGUGGGACGUUGAUGAAGCAAUCGAGUACAUGCCGAAGCUGGCACGUUUCAACUUAUGGUUCAUCGAAGAACCUACUUCCCCGGAUGAUAUCCUCGGCCAUGCUAAGAUUAGAUCCGCGUUGAAGCCUUAUAAUAUCGGUGUAGCUACUGGUGAACACAUCAACAAUCGGGUCAUGUUCAAACAACUACUCGAAGCUCAAGCCAUCGAUGCGGUCCAGUUGGACGCGUUCCGACUCUCGGGUAUGAACGAAAUCUUGUCGGUCUUACUGCUCGCCGCCAAAUUUGGUGUGCCUGUUGUACCCCACUCAGGUGGAUGUGGUAUGACCGAAGCAUGUGCCCAUAUCUCAACGAUUGAUUAUGUGGUCGUGAGCGGGAAAAAGAGUAUCCUGGAAUAUACGGAUCACCUUCAUGACGUCUUUGUCAACCCCGCUGAGAUGACACCCAGUACCGCUCAUCACGUAUCUCCUACAGCUCCAGGUUACUCUAGCGACAUCAAAGAGGAGGUGUUCGAAGAAUUUGAAUAUCCUAGUGGUAGUUUCUGGCAGACGGAGAAAGGGAAAGCGAUGGUCGCAGAUAAAUGGAGGGGUGUUCCGGGCCGGCAGACCAGUUGA